AGGUUUAACAUAAGCUGGUGCAUGCUUUUCACGGCAGAGCUGCUUCCUUUGGAGUUCUAAUAUAUUCUACUUCCCUGAACAUGGCUGAGUCGAGCGAUCGUAGAGUUGUGGCCGUAGCUGUAGACGGUAGUGAUUACAGUGAACAUGCAUUUGACUGGUAUCUUCAGAAGAUAAGGAAGGAUAAAGACAAGGUUGAAUUUAUCCAUGUAACUGAACCACCUAGCCUACCAGUCUUUAGUCUAAAGAGUGGUAUUGGUGCACCUACAGAACAAUGGGGCGAAAUCAUGAAAAAGAAGUUGGAGGAAGUUGGAAAACUUGAAGAUGGAUUCUCUUUUAAAGCUCAGGGAGCUAAGGUGGAGUAUAAGUUCCAUCAUAUCCCCAACGAGAGUGCAGGUACAGGAAUUGUUGCAAAGGCCAAAGCUUGUAAUGCUGAGCUCAUCAUCAUGGGAACACGUGGCCAAAAUAAGGUCCGCCGCACCAUUCUUGGCAGCGUUAGUGACUAUGUACUUCAUCAUGCUGGAAUCCCUGUGGCUGUUGUACCACCAAAUUAAUGUACCUGUGGAGUAAGGUGUACUUCAAGCUGUUGUUUUCCUUUUUAACCAUGCUUGAUACUCUAUUACAAGGAAUUAAAAUAUGACUUGAAUGUUUGUAAAACAUUUUGAUAUACAACAAUUAUGGACCAUCAGUAAUUUUUUUUCUUUUUUACAAAUUCUAGGUUUUCACUAGAAACACAAUCAACAAGAAAAGACGAAUGUGGUUAGAUGUUUGGCUUUGUUGAUUGGGUUGCUAAUGGAAACCAAACUCAAUCACAACAGCUGUAUGUGACUGCAGUUUUUGAUACACAUUGCUAGAAACAAAUUUUGUAUGCAAACUUUUUGAAUUAUAUUUACCACUGAAUCAAGAUCUUGAUUACUUUUAUUGCUGAUUGUUUAAACAUAGUAAUAAUCAUUGAAAAUCCUUAUUCUAACAAUCAAUACCUUGGUAUCUCCCAAACACCAUCCUUCAAUUGUGUUGUUGUCUGGGAGAAGACUGCUCUGAUUCAAUACUGGUUAGGGAUAUUCUUACAUGACAACUUUGGAGCUCAAAAUUCAAUAAAGUUUAAGAAUAAGUCUUAAA